AUGCGAAGGACAAGCUCCCCGCUGGCUGAUGAUGAAGCACGGCCCAGUGGCCGAAGGUUGUCGUGGUUCACGCCACCCCCGCGAGCCCGCAUCCGCCGGGACAGCGGAGUGACGGUACCAUCCAUCGCUCCAGAGGCGAGGACUGAUCGCAUCGGUGGGCAUCAGGUGACCCUGGUUCACCCUUAUGAGGCUAUCCAGGUGCUGAAGAGGCUGAACAGUGAAGAACCUGACAGGAUUAGCUUUUUGAGCGUCUUCCGCUCAGGCUCCAUCUCUGAAACUACCAUCUGUAAUGUGUGCCUACGUCCAACCCAGCCGCUGUGCAACUACACCGACCUCCGUACAGGCGAGCCUUGGUUCUGCUACAAGCCCAAGAACCUGAGCUGUGAUGCCAGGAUCAACCACGCCAUGGGACAUUACAACCAAAUCUUGAAGGCCACAGAGGAGAAGCUCUUCCAAAGUGGUGUCAACUUGAAAGUGUACAUCCGGGCUUCAGGACCUGCCAGUGUCACCGUGUUGCCAAAAAAGCCAGGUCAACCAGAGGUGGAGAGCAGCAUUGCCAAGGUUGGACCCUCUGGCUAUUACUACCAGGGGGUUUGGCACGUUUUUGGCAUCUGGGCUCACUUUGGAACUUUUCCCAUGGAGAUCUACAUCCGGCGACUGCUGAACAUCCGGAGGGCGGUGGUGCGGCUUCUGGACAGGGCUCCAGACACGCUGGUUGUCAUCCGGACUGGGAACCCCAAAGUGAUGCCACUUUGGUCGUCGCUAGUUGUCAGCGACUGGCACGCGCUGCAGUGUAAUAAGGUGCUCAGAACCAUGUUCGAAGGACUGAACGUUCACCUGAUCGAUGCCUGGGAGAUGGUCAUUGCCCACCACCUGCCGCACAACCUCCACCCACCACGUCCCAUAAUUGAGAAUAUGGUUAACGUUAUUUUGUCCUACACGUGUCCUCAAUCAAGCGGCUAGAUGUGUGUUUGUUGAG